AUGUGGCUGCUCAACACUCGGACGGCGGACCUCAGACACUUCUCUGGACCCCACGCAGUUCCAGGCGGAUACGCUAUCUUAUCUCACGUAUGGGCGAAGACAGAGGAUUCAUUCCACCCAACCCCUCAGGAGCCCGCGAGCCUACCGAGAUGGUACAACGUCGUCUUCUCAGUCUUCAGCUGGCUCCUUCGUCUGCUCUCCUUCGGCGUCCUCAAGGCGCGCCCCUCCCCGCGCGACCGUUUCACGCCCAAGGUGCGCGGCUUUCUCAAACUUGCGGAGAAGCAGGGCUAUGAAUGGGCCUGGGUGGACACCUGCUGCAUCGACAAGACGAGCAGUGCGGAGGUCACCGAGGCGAUCAACUCCAUGUUCCGCUACUACGCCCUCGCCGACGUGUGCUAUGCCUACCUCCGCGACGUCCCUGCGGACGACCCCGGCGCGGCGCACUUCUUCGGAAGCCGAUGGCACACCCGUAGCUGGACGCUCCAGGAGCUUGUUGCGCCUACCCGCGUCGUCUUCCUCGCCGAGGACUGGUCCCCGAUCGGCACGCGGUUCGAGAUGGCGGACCAGCUGCAGAAGAUCACCGGCAUCCCCGCCGCGGUGCUCCGGCUCGAGCAGGACGUUCACCAGGUCAGCGUCGCGGCUCGAAUGUCGUGGGCGGCACAGCGCAAGGCGACUAGGGUGGAAGACAAGGCGUACUCGCUGUUUGGACUCUUUGGGAUCAAUCUGCCGACGCUGUACGGGGAGUCCGAGGAGAGUGCGUUCUACCGCCUUCAAGAGGAGAUCAUGAGCAAGUCGGUGGACACCUCCAUGGUCAUGUGGGGAGACGUACUCCAGGACGUCGGUAGCGCGGAGGAGAUAGCUCGCCUCGCAAAUGAGCCUAUUCCAGAGCUCGGGUGGCCUCAGUACGAGCAUCUGCUUGCCCCCAUGGUGGGGUGCUUCAGAGAUAGCCAACAUACAAGAUAUCACACAGUCGGAGUCGCAACCUCGACCGCGCUCGACCAAGUACGUUGUCCCCCCUUGCUCCUUCUCACAAAGGUCAAUCUGACACGAGACAUAGACCUUUGCCACUUCCCCAACGGAUAA